CGCCAAAACGGGCUAACUCAGUGUUAGUCGCAGAAUUAUCGCAGCUCGCCAUGGAGACAGACACUCUGAGAAGAUUAGCGACCAAACUCGGGAUCACCUCCAGCAAGGUUUUGGGGAAAGCUGAGGAAUAUCUACGCCUGUCGCAGUUGAAGUGUUCAGGACUUGCUGCUCGAGCCACAGCGACCAGUACCGUGUUAAUAUGUCUCCAGAUUGCCGCUGCCAGUCUAAAUCACCCCAUAGAUAAAGAGUAUUUGGUCACCCUCUCAGGCCUAAACAAGAAGGCCUACCUGAGCUGUCUGAAAACAUAUGAAUGUUUGUUGGGUGUCGAUUCCAAAGUAGGUCUCAGAGAUCUUGCAGUUCAGCAUGGCUGUAUGGAGGCCAUCACUACAGCAUCCAAAAUACUGAGCAGGUACGAGUCUACUCUCCCUCAGGCCCAGCUGGAAGACCUUGAUUUGUCCAAGCCUCUAUUUAUCACGGCAGCACUGUAUAGUGCAUGCAGGUGCAUGAAGUUGAAAGUGGAAAAGAACAAGUUAAUUUCUGCUUCUGGGGUCAAGAAAGGAAUAUUUGAUCGUUUGUGUGUCCAGAUGGAAAAAAUUGGAUUACAAAUUUGUCAAGAAAAUGCAACUGUGACAAAACAGCCGGUUAAGAAACAGAAGACCCUCCUGGAAUGUAUAGAACAUAGUCCAGACGAGGAUGAAGAUGAGCUUCCUCGCAAGAAGGCGCACACAGAGUCUGCAAAUAAAGAGAGAGACUAUGAAGAGUGGAAAAGAAAAAUAUUAGAAAAUGCUAGCAAAGCCAUACAAAAGGAUUGAAAGAAUGUCAUACAGAAGACUUAACAAUGCUGGUAAUUGUAGUUCUACAUCUCGGUGUCUAUCUAGGACCCUUACGGAGAUUCAGCACGCAUAACGUGAUAGGAUUGCGACCGAACAUGUCCACAAAUGCUUGGCUUUUCAACUUACAUUUUAAUAUUUUUAGUUGCAUCUGCAAAUGGAGAAACUUCUAUUUUACAAACUGUGUAAACGUUUUUAAUGUAAACACGAACCACACUGGCUUUUAGGAAAGAACCAAGCGUUUUUGUAUAUUUUUAUUUAAUUGUAUUUUUGUAAUCCAGCCCUGCCAGAAUAAAACUAUUUCUUGAUUUUAAAAA